GCUCCUCCGCGUCGCCUCGCCGCCUUCGUUCCUCGUGCUGUCCUUUAUCAGCGCCCCACCAGAAAGAAAAUUCCCCAAUUCCCCCGCGCAUUUACCACCUCGAUUCCCCGAAUCCGCCUCUGGAUCCGCUUGAUCGAGGCGAGUCCUCGAGAAUUUAGUAUAGAUUUGGGUGAUUUGAUUUGGACCGGAUUGAUUGGAGUGUGUGUGGCCGUGCGGGAGAUGGACGAGUUCGAGCUGGAGGACAACCUAGAGCUCAUCCUCCAGAGCAUCCAGGAAAUCAUGGAGGACCAGGGGGAGAACAACUCCUUCGGCGAGGCCAACCCGAACGAGCUCUUCGCCAACCUCGUCAACUACGACCAGGAGAAUUUGCUGCCGGAUGUGUCUGUGGCAGACGUCGCUAGCGGGAAGGACAUGCAGGGGAUACCGUGGGAGAAGAUGCUGUUUGGGAGGGAUCAGUACCGGGAGAUGAAGAUGAAGAACUACAGGAAUUAUCAGAACCUCAGUUAUGCCAGGGAAGAUGCUUUGCAGGAGUGCAAACAAGUGGAAAAGGACAGUCCUUACUAUGAUUUCCACUACAACACAAGGCGUGCUCGACCAUCAAUUGUACAUUUUCAGCUAAGGAAUCUGGUCUGGGCAACAACCAAGCACGAUGUCUAUACGAUGCACAACCAAUCGGUGACACACUGGUCAUCAUUGGACCAAAUAAGCACUGAGCUAAUCAAUGCUGAUGAUUGCAUCAUACCAAAACAGAGAGGGCAUGGUUCACAGUCGGUCGCAAUGGUCCAGGUUACAACUAUGGCUGUGGAUAGUAAUUUAUUGGUAAUUGGUGGCUUUCAGGGGGAGCUUAUAUGCAAGCGUCUGGAUGAUGAUGGAGUUGUUUUCAGCACAAGGGUUACAGAUGAUGAAAAUGCUAUUACCAACUCUCUAGAGAUCUAUCAAGAUACUAAUGGAUCUAGAAGGUUGGUGGCUGCUAACAACGACUGCUCUGUCAGGAUAUUUGACAUUGAGUACUUUGACCUCCUGAAGCACUAUAUAUUCCCAUGGUCCGUGAAUAGUGUUUCUGUGAGCCCAAACGGGAAACUCUUCGCUGUCCUUGGGGAUCAUGAGGAUGGCUUGCUAGUGGAUACCAAGUCUGGCAAGGCAAUUGGUUCUCUUAGGGGACACUUGGACUACUCAUUUUCAUCUGCCUGGCAUCCUGACGGCAAUAUCUUGGCUACCGGGAGUCAAGACACUACAUGCAGGUUGUGGGACAUUAGAAACCUAUCAGAGUCCUUAGCUGUGCUUGGUGGAAGGAUGGGCUCGAUACGGUGUAUCAAGUUCUCUUCAGAUGGGCGCUUUCUGGCGACGGCCGAGCCUGUAGAUUUUGUCCACAUAUAUGAUUCUUAUGCAGAUUACGGAAAAUCUCAUGAGUUUGACUUGUUUGGGGAGAUAGCAGGUUUGUCAUUCAGCCCAGACACUGAGGCCUUUUAUGUUGGCAUAGCGGACCAGACAUACGGAGGCCUCAUAGAGUUCACCAAGAGGCAUCAGCAUCAUUACUUGAACUGCCUGUGGUGAUACCAUUUGUUUAGUGAAAUGCGGUUCCUCAAUGGACAAGUGCUGGAUACCAUUGCUCCACUGCGUGCGGCAAAGACUGCAUGGUCCUGCAGAGAAUCGCAUGGAAGAAUUUGCUGCUUUUAGUUUUUUUUUUGGCUGCGGCACCGGAGGCUUCUACAGAUGAAAUAUCUGGACUGUAUAAAAUUCUGGGGGUUUUCUUUCCUUAUUAGUAAGUAAUCUGGGCUUGUCGUUUUUCUUCAGGAACUGAAAGUGGUAGCAUAUGUAUAGCAUCUGUUUCGUUACACCAAAUCGAUGUACAUAGCUGCUCUCUAUCUGGUGAUUAUCACCUGAUUUGUGCUGCUCCUUACCGUCCUAAGUGGUAAUGUGCUGACAUGAUUCUAAGUUGGUCUUAUUUUUCUUUUCAUUUUUUUUAACCAUGAGCAGAAGCACUGCUCUUUCAUUUAAGUUGAAGAACAUAACCAAGUGUUACAAAGGUUGCGCCGUAUACAUGAUCCUUCUUUAUUA